CACCGGAAGUUUACGUGUAUCAAUUUUCUGCGCAUUUUCGGCGAUUAAUUUCUCCAAUCGCGUGUCGCCAGGUCGCCGGUCCACAUAAAUUUCUUGUAUUCAAACACAACUCUUUGAAAGAAGCAUUGCAAAAGAUUAAAGAUAAAGGAUUGAAUAAAAUGGCACUUAAGCUAUUGAUAGCUGUGUCGCUGUUGCUAUGUAUUGCAUCAUUUACAGAGGGAUUUAAUGCUGUGAUGUCCAUAGAUUUGGGCAGUGAAUAUAUGAAAAUAGCCAUUGUAAAGCCUGGAGUUCCUAUGGAAAUUGUUUUGAAUGAAGAAUCUGACAGGAAAACCUCAACAAUAGUCGCACUUAGAAAUGGAGAAAGAUUUUAUGGAAAGGAGGCAGAGAAUACUGCUGUCAAGUUUCCCAGAAAAGCUUUCUGGUACUUAACCAAUAUAGUAGGCAGAAAGUUUGAAAGUGCUGAUGUAAAGCUUUACAAAGAAAGGUUUCCUUAUUAUGAUUUAGUCAAAGAUGAAGAACGAGGAACAGUUCUCUUUAAAAUUGAUGAUGAGACUUUCUACAGUCCAGAAGAACUAAUAGCAAUGCUUUUAGAAAAAGGCAGAGAAUAUGCAGAAACUUUUACAGAUCAGUCUAUAAAAGACUGUGUGAUAACAGUGCCUGCCUAUUUUACACAGGCUGAGAGGAAAGGGAUUCUAUCAGCUGCUGAACUCAUUGAUUUGAAUGUCUUACAACUUAUAAGUGACAAUGCUGCAGUGGCAUUAAACUAUGGUGUAUUCAGAAGGAAAGAAUUCAAUGGGACAGUACAAUAUUACAUGUUUUAUGAUAUGGGAGCUACUAGUACUACAGCUACAAUAGUUGGAUAUCAAGUUACAAAAGUGAAAGAGGGAACACGAUUGGAAACAAAUCCACAGCUUAUUAUCAAAGGAGUAGGAUUUGACAGAGGACUUGGAGGCACAGAAAUAACAUUGAGAUUAAGAAAACAUUUGGCCCAGAUAUUUAAUGAACAGAAAAAGACCAAAACAGAUGUAUUUACUAACGAGAGAUCAAUGGGAAAAUUGUUUAAAGAGGCUGAGAAGUUAAAGAAAGUUUUAAGUGCCAACAAUGCACAUUUUGCACAGGUUGAAGGCUUACUGGAAGAAAUAGAUUUCAAAACAAGAGUGACAAGAGACGAUCUAGAAGAAUUGUCCAAAGAUUUAUUUGAUAAAGUCACAAAACCAAUUGAAGAAGCUCUUAAAGUUUCACAAAUAACACUGGGAGAGAUCAAAGAUGUGAUAUUAAUGGGAGGAGGAACCAGAAUUCCUAAAGUACAAGAAAUACUCAAAAAAUAUCUUGGAAGAACAGAACUUGGAAAGAGUAUUAACACAGAUGAAGCAGCUGCUAUGGGAGCUGUUUACCAAGCUGCUUAUCUGGGAAAAGGAUUUAAAGUUAAAACAUUUGGUGUAAAGGAAGCUAGUAUUUACCCUAUAACUGUUGAAUUUGAAAAGCACAGACUUGCAGAAGACGGCAGUGAUAGUAAAAGGGUUGUUAAGAGGACAUUGUUUAACAGAAUGAACCCUUACCCACAGAAAAAGGUCAUGACCUUCAGCAAACAUUUGAAGGACUUUGAUUUCAAUGUCAGUUAUGGUGAUCUUGAUUUCCUAUCAGACUUUGACAAAAGUUCAUUCCAAGAUCUGUCUCUGGCCAAGUUUAAACUAUCAGGAGUAGAAGAUGCCUUCAGCAAACACAAGGAAGCUGGUGAUAGUAAAGGAGUCAAAGCACACUUCAGACUGGACGAAAGUGGAAUACUUCAUUUGGAUCAGGUAGAAGUUGUGUUUGAAAAGGAAGAAGCAAAAGAAGAAUCCACCUGGUCAAAACUAGGAAAUACUCUGGGUGGCCUAUUUGGUGGUAAAAAAGAGGAAGGAGAGACAAUAGAAGAGGCAGGAGAAAAACCAGUUGAGGGUGAAAAUUCUGAAAAAGAGGCUGAAAGUGAGGAAACUAAACCAGAUCAAACUGCAUCGGAACAGGAAAAACAGGAAGAGAAAAAACAAACAGAAAAUGGAGAUAAAGACAAAAAAGAGAAACCUGAGGUACCAGCAGAUGAGGAAGAUAAAAGUAAUAAAAAAUCAGACAAGACAGAAGAGAAAACAGAUGAAACAAAGAAAGAAAAGACAGAGAAAGGAAAAGAAGAAGAAAAAAGUGAAAACAAGACUGAUGAUGCCACUGAUAAACUUAAUGGAACCGAUUCCCUCAAUAAAACUGAAGCCGAUUUAAAGGAUAAAAAGCCAAAUAUAACAGUUGUCAGGGAGAAAAUAGACACACAGACAGAAUCUUUUGAUAUCCCAGAGGUCAACAAAGACUCAUUGAAGGUUAUGAGGAAAAAAUUAGCAGAAUUAACUACCAAAGACAAAGCAAAGAAACUACUAGAGAAGUCAAAGAAUGAUUUGGAGGCAUUUAUAUUUGAUAUGAGUGACAAGUUAACACAAGAAAUGUAUGAGAAAUGUUCCACAGAGGCUGAGAGAGAAAAACUAACUAAACUUCUGUCUGAGGCUUCAGACUGGAUGUACGAUCAGGAGGAGGAUGCGAAGGCUGAGGUUUACCAAGACAAGUUGAAAUCCUUAAAAAAAGAAAUAAAAGAUUUGAAGGCCCGUGUGUAUGAAUUUGAAGAAAGACCAAAGGCUCUGAAGGCUUUGAAAGACAUGUUGAAUCAUACUAAAUAUUUCCUGAAGUCAGUUAAAAACUUUACUGUUGUUGAAGAAGAUAGAAUAUUUACAGAAGUAGAAAUUACAACUUUAGAAAAACUGAUAACAGAUACAAAGAAAUGGAGAGAUGAUAUGAUUGAAGAACAGAAGAAAACACCGGAUUCAGAAAAACCUAAAUUAUUAGUGGAAGAUAUAGCAUUAAAGUUACAGGCAUUAGAUAGAGAGGUCAAAUAUCUAAUUAAUAAAGCUAAAAAUUUCAAACCCAAACCUAAACCAAAACCAGCAAAAUCAAAUACAACAAAAACCGAUGGAAAUACUACAAAAUCUGAUACUAAUAAAACUAAUAAAGCAGAGAAGAAAAAAGAGACAAAAAUAAACGUAGAGGAACCUAUAGAUAAACCAACAGAUACAAAGGAUGAAGAAACAAAAACAGAAUCGAAAGAAGAAAAUAUAGAAAAAUCAGAAAAAGUUAAAGAAGAACCAACAGAAAAAUCCAAACAUGAUCCGGGAGAAUUAUAACACAAGCUGAACCUAGGAUAUUUAAUUGACAUUUAAUUUGGACCACUUGAGCCAGUUUUUCUCUGACCAUAUAUGUUCCAACAGACCAGCAGAAAAUCAUCAAAGUCUUUCAAUACUGCUUCAUGUAAACGUCCAAACAGCCCAAUAUUUUUAUGCUUAUGUUUUUUUUAAUUUUCAUUGUCAUGUUAUGAAUCAAGUUCUGAUUGUUCUUCAGGCAAAUAGCAAAUAGGUCCAGUUUUAACGGAUACAGAUAUAUCCAGUUUUGAAUUGCUUUGUGAUUGGUUAAUAAUAAUGACCUGAUAUGAAGAAUCAGUUGGUAUACUUUCUCAAAGAGCUUUGAAUUGGUUCAGAAUACAUGUACUGCAUUUAGUAAACAUUUGUAGAAAUCCAAUGAGAUGUAUGUUUACAUAAGCAUUAUAAACAUUUCAAGGUUAUUGUAUGAAAUAUGUUUCAGUUUGUCAGUUUUAAAAUUUGUUUGGUUUUAUACACUAUUUGUUACAAUUUCAGUUUUAUGUAUCCACUAGAUGCAUUAUUUUUUCUAUGAAUGGAUAAAUGAAACAUAAACGUUAAAUAUGAUUUCUUCUAUAGGUUCAUUUUUUAUUUUAACAUUUCGGAGGUGUUUAUCAAUGAUUCUGUUGUUAGUUCUCUCUAGUAGACUUCUAUUUAAUUGUUCAGAGUUUGAAAACCAUGGCUUUAACAGAUUAAUUGUUAGAUGCUACAAUUUUCUUGGUUUAAAGUGCUUUUUUGUUAGUUGUAAAUAACCAUAUAUAUACUAAUGUUAUUUUAAGAGAUUUAUUAUUGUAAAAUUUAUAAAUAUUUCAAAGAAUUUAAUAUAUACAUCGUUAAUGGUGCAAAUUGAUGAUUUUGACUCUGUAGUCAAUCAAGAAAAGAACGCAAACUAUGUGAUAUACAGUGAUAUGUGGUGAUCGUAUUUAUGUAGAUUAAUUUUUAACUUUGAAUGACAUUUGGGAGGGCUGGGGGGAAAUAACAUUUGUAAUAUUCAUAUUGAUAAAGAACAACUUGUAUAUAAAUGCAAGCGCUAGCUUAGUUUAAAAUAUCUUCUGUGAAAAUCACUUAUUAGUUACAACGUAUGAUUAAUUUAGCCAUAAGAUUUAUUACUAAGGCACUUGUUUCUAUCAAUGAGAAGGUCAACUAACAAUGUAUACUAGGCUCAUUUUAUACAUUGACAGUCAAAUUCCCCAUUGACAGAAACAAGUACUUGUGAUUUUAUGUGAAAAAGCUCCAAAGUGUAAAUGAUUUUAAUUUAUUGAAUCUCUUAUAAGUAAGAGAUAUGUCUUAGUAUAUCACUCACUGUAUAAAUUUUCAGCAACUACUUAUCAUGAUGAGUAAACAAAUUAUCAUUGUAUAUACAGUUAGUUUAUGAGAUUUUAAGAGUGUAAGUCUUGUGUGUAUGUAGUUUGAAAGAAACAGUCUAUCAUUCCAAUGUAAAAUUAGCAGUGUGGGUCAUGUAUGUUAACAUUUUUUUUUCUGCUUGAUUUUUGGAAAUGAGAGAAUGCAUGAAAAUUCGAGGGAAAUGUUCUGGCAACAUAUUUAUUUAGUUCUAGAACCUGAAAUUAGAAAAAAAGUUUUGAUUUAGACUCUAUUCAAAUGUUAAAUGGGAUAUUGUAUUGUAUUACUCUUUUAUUGUUGGUAGCCAGCGUGAGGAUUGUAUGAGAUUUAACAAAUGAAACCUGACCGUACUCUACCAAUGAUACAUUUACACAAUCAUUCAGUGGUGUAUGUUAGUGUUUAUAUGCUGGAUCAUCAACAUCUCAAUGAAACUCAUAUAGAGGUCUUUAUUUUUCUUAUGAUUGGAAGCAGCAACUAAAGUUUAUGACUAGCUGUGCCACUGAUAGUACUACUCCGGUAGAGCCUAAGAAUAAACUGCCAACAUUAUUAAUUUGUUCUUGUUUCUUUUUAACCCUGGCAUCUCAAAAAUCUUUCUCAAUAGCCAAGAGUUACAAUCAUCUACCUUUCAAUAGGAGAGAAUCGUAACCUUUGGCUAGUGAAGAGUUAAAAAUGUGUGAAAUGAAAAUAUGAUUUCUUUUCCCUGAAGUGUUGACAUUUUUCCUGAUUAUUUCCUAAUCUUUAAAUUAAUGUUUCUUUGUUUGCAAAUGUUAAAUGUUGUGGAUAAAAGCAUUGAUGUGUCCUGUCUAUCACUUUAAGUGACACAGGCUUUCGGUAUUUAUUGUAAGAAUGCUAUUGUUAUGAUGUUAAAUGAUAGAGAGAUAUUUUUGAAUAAAUUAUUAUUUUGUUCA